AUGCCUCUCACUCUCUUAUUUUCUUUAUUCUGUUCUAUUUUCCCUCUCUCAUCUUUCUCUUCACUCUCCCUUUCUUUUAUCUCUCCUCCUCUGUUUACUCUCUCUUUUUCUUUAUUUUCUUUUCAUUCUUUCUCUCAAUAUUACUGCCUUCCUAGUUGGACGGUGCCUAGAAGUGGUCAACCCGGUUGGGGGUGCCGAGGCUGUUUGUCGGACGGAACGAGCGGCCUGUUGGCUGUUUAUGUAGACGGAAGAUUACGGUCAAUCCCUGUCAGCGAUUACAUUUUUACGACGGCUGCCGAAAAACAAGUCCCCUACCCUACCCACCUCUCUCUCUCUCUCUCUCUCUCUCUCGUUCCCUGUUAUCUUGACACUUUUCGUCUUCCUUUCCCUUUCUUUCCGUUCAUUUUCUCCCCUCUUCUUUCCUCUCCACUCUGUUUCCUUUUAUCCUCACUCUCUCUUCUCAUUUAUAUUUUUCUCUCUUCUCUUUUUCCUUUUCACUUUUCUUUUUGUCUUUUCUUCCUCCUAUUUUUCUCUCCAACUCUCUUUUUUCCUCUUACUCCUUUUCUCUCUUUCCUUCCUUCUCCUUCUUCUCCCUCUCCUCAUUCCUCUUCUCACGAUUUCCUCAUUUGA